CAACCUUCGACCCCAGACUCCGUCAUGCGAUCAUUUGUUCUUGGUCCCCUAUUGUUCUGAUUGGGUCUGGUCGGAUAUGUCCAGCCUGUAACAACCCAUUCCAUUUAACUGGCUUAUCUGGCCCAUCGACCCAUGGAACGGUGAUCUGCCUUUCGGUCAUAGGCAUCCCCACAGUCUAUCUCUCGCAAAAGUAUACCACGCACUUCUCCCCCUUCUCAUAACACCAGUAAAGUCUUGAAAUGCGCCUUUGACGAGAUUCACUUUAUAUAAGCCACAUGGUGUCCUCUCACGAAAGAGCCAUGUCGCAGUCAUUGAUUGAAUAGUGAAAACCAACUCUCGUCGGAUUUCACCAGAUGCCAUGAGACCGCAAUCGAAAACCCUGUACCACCUGCGCCCGAAGCUUGACGAGAUCCUGAACGAUACAGCCCCCGUCCCGUAUACACUCGGCACCUUCAUUGCCUUCCUCGCUCAAAACCACUGUCUCGAGGUUCUCGAGUUCAUCCUUGAGGCCAAACGCUACCGGAAGACAUACGACUGGCUUGAACAUCACGGCAAGAAAUGCGGCGAAGAUGAAGUGCACAAGGAGCGCCUCCGACGAGUAUGGGAUCGCAUCAUAGAAACAUACAUCGAAUCCGGUGCACCGCGCGAGAUCAACGUGCCAAAUGAAACCCGAGAGGAGCUGUUGGUGUACACCAAAACCCACGGCUCCACUCCUCCGCCGAGUCUCCUCGAUAGUGCUGUUCAGCACAUGCAUGAAUUACUACGAGACUCGAUCCUGAUCCCCUUUCUCCGGAGCUGCUCGGGCACCUCCCAUGUGCAGCCGCUAUCAGUGCCCUGCCUCAGUGGCACCGAGCGACUGUCCCCGAGUCCCAGGGCCUCGGAUGAUACUGCACGCCGGAGGUCGAAGUUCAAUGUCCUCAUUCCAUCUUCCCCUGCCGAUAUGUGUUCCUCCGAUGGAUCACAACCGCCGACGAGAUGCGUAUCACGAGCCACCAGCUCCCAAGAACCACUUCGCUCGUCAUCUUCUGACAUCGGGCGUGAGAUCACCGGUGGUCAAGAUUGGGACGUUUUGCCAAAUGGUGAAGGCACGGGGAUGUGGCACGCCAAUACCACCCCGGAGAAAAAGGCACGGCUCCCAGAAUCGCCUAAGAAAAGAUGGCGCCGCUUACAGGGAUUUGCAAAGCAUUUUCGGCGUUCUUCUGAUUGAUGUUCACUAUACUAAUCUACCCGCCAUGUAUAUCAGCUGAGCGGAAUUGCAUCGCUGUUUGUGUUGAA